AUGCCAAUUCCGUCCUCCCUCCUGCACGAUUACGACCCAUACUGGGAUGGCGACUUCACGCGCUGCAUCCUAUGCGGGUGUCCGACGGUGACCCCAUCUCCCGUCUGGCUAGACGUGUGUACGCGACCUCCGGCACAGUCAAGCUCUCCGGCCUAUGCUCCAAGUGGAACCGCGACGGCCUGGAAACAAGACCAUGCAAAUAUCCAGCUGUCGACGUUUGGUGUGACUGGGCGCACACGCGGUGCGAUCGGAGGAAUUAUCAAUAUCCCGGCGGCUCGAGGUUUGUUUUCCAUGAGUGCUGCUGGCGAUUUGCGCAGAGGGCUUUGGGGAUGGGUGGGGGCAGCGGCAGGGGCAAGAGGGCGUCGCUGGAGAGACUUUUCGAUGUGCUUAGGAUGCUGCCGCCGCCGGAGGUUGUUGAUGGAGGUUGAGCUAAUCCAAUGCAUGUACAACACAGAGCCCGUCUUCGCGAGCCCAAAUGAUUAUUAUCCAUGCAUUUCUCCGUCUAUUGAGGAGCUUUUGCAAGGGGAAGGCGCUUCCCCGGCCCCGGUCCCUGCCCCUGGUCCUGUGUCCGUGUCUGUGUCUAUCUCAUCAACGCGGAGUCCACCGGGAUCCAGAGCAGAGCCAUGUAUGGGAAUGGCAGGCUUGAACAACCCGACAGACCCUUUCAGCCGCCUGCCCCUUGAGCUGAGAGAGCAGAUUGCCUGUGCCCUAACCACGCAGGACUACCUGAGCCUACGCUCUGCCUCGCGGGCCAUGGGGGUGGUAUUCUCCGACAACCAUUUCUGGAAGACCCGGUUCUUUGACGGCGGGGAUAGAGAGUUCUUGGGGUUCCUUCUCUGCAGCAAUGGAGCUGGAGGAGGUAAAUCCGGACAUGGAAACAAGGUUGACUGGAGACAGCUCUACCACGCCUCGGCUCUGGGGAAAAGGCUAGACACCACGAUCAGGGCCUGGACGGUGCUCCGCUGGAUAAAGGAUGUCCUAGUCGCAGAGGACACCCUAGCUCCACCACCACUGGACUUCUACGGUGCCGCGCUCCAGGACCACCCCUGCAGCACACCUAUUACUCACGCUAAGGGGCAGCGCGUCGAGAAGGCGCCCAUAUCCUACGGUCUCAAAACAAUCGGCAUCUCAAUCGUCUCACUCCCAGACGCACCCGUAUACACCCAACAACACUCAUGUGGAGUCUGGAAAAGCCCCGAAUCCAGCACAACCAUCACAGCCCUCGAGUUCAUUUACCGCAAUGGCACGCGCACGCUGCUGGGCUCUAUCCCCGCACGCGCGAAAACACUCACGGCAGAUGAAUUAACAACCCGCAUCACGCAGUACCACCGGUACAGACGGUACAAGAAUUUCCAGAAUGUGAAGGUGCGGAAGACGCGCUGUCCGUUUGAUGAAGCGGGCGUGCAUGUGCUCUGCGACGCACGGGCUGUAUCAUUCCGUGGCUUCACGAUCCGGUAUGACGAGUCAGGUAUCUAUGCAAUUGGCUUGAUCAAUCGCGAUAGCAAGAAGGAUCAUGCCACAAGAGCCAUGGACCGCGGCGUGGUGUUUGGGUAUGGGCAUGCUGAGGCCCGGGUCUUUGAUAUGGCGCUGGAGAAGGUGGGUUGUGUUGUUGGGACCUUCGAGGGGUCGAAACUUGUGGACCUGGGGCUGAGAGGACGGGGAAUCCGCGCGCCGCUACACGGACUGUCGCCAUAUAUCGAAGGUGACGCUGUUGACUAUCUGAGGUACGGGGAGGGCGGGAAGAAGAAGGUCGAACUGCUGCGUUUGGAGGACGGUGUUGCUCAAGAGGAUCAGGUACUUGGGAAACGCAGGCGGAGCGAGCGGUUGAAGAGCACAUCAGGGUGA